UUCCUUUCUCACAGCAACACCAACAACAACAACAUGAUGUGUCCUUGUUUUCUGCUUCUUUGUCCUUCUCUGACUUCUCAUAAGCUUGAUAUUGGAAAUACAACACGAAACCCAGAACCUUCCUCUCUCUCUCUCCCUCUCUCUUCCCAUUCCUUCUUUCAAGAACUUUGUCUUCAUCUCUACAUCUUUCCUUCUGUGAUUCUGUAAUAACACAUCUUGUGUUCAUCUGAUGAAUCCAACUCACGCCGAGUUCACUACCUCCAACCUUUAUCCUUGUGAGGAUCUGAAAGUCAGACUUAGGCAUCACAGCCUUAUGCAAGACUAUCAAGAACUUCAUAUGGAUACUGUAGCAAUGAGAAAAAGGUUAAAGACUAUGCGAGAGAGGAAGGCAACGCUAAUGGCCGAAGUCAGAUUUCUGCGGCGGAGAUACAGACAUUUGAGACAAGAAGACCAGCCUGUUAAGCAGCCACCAGGUGUUAAAAAGAUCAGAGGAAGAUCAAAUGGUGGGAAGAAGAGUAAGACGCAAAUCGUUCGAGUUGAAGUGUCUCCUGAUAAUAAGAGAAGUGAAGCAGAAGUUAAACAUGUUUCACUUCCUGACUUAAACCACACGGGAAAUGAAACCAAAACAAGUCUUGAGAAAAGAGUCCCGUUGUUUGAUCUAAACCAAAUAUCUGGAGAAGAAGAGGAAGAAACAGAAGCAGGGAACAAUAGUGAAGAAAGAAUGAGAGUGGAAGAUAGUAAGAGAAUAAGCAUCAUCGAGAUGCAGCAGCAGAAAGAGAUGAAGCUGUCUUCUUGCAGGGAUGGAGAAAACGGAUCAAAUAAGAGGAAAAUUUCAUGGCAAGAUCCUGUUGCACCUCUCAGAGUCUAAAAGUCAAAGAAUACUUUUCUUCUUCUGCAAGUCAACGUAUCUUUUAACAUAUAAUUAAUAUACAGCUUCACAUCAAUUUAGCUGCAUCAUUUGCUUAUCUUCUCCGUUAUCCAAUUGUGGCUUGAAACUUGAAAAAUCUUGUCAAGUUCUUUGAA